CUAUAUCUAACUCUCUAUCUCUGACCAUUCACAUUCACACCCUAUAGAAACUCUAUUAUAUAUAUACUCGCAACAAACUUAUGGUCGUGGUUGCAUAAGUCUGCAACUUCAUCGCCUCUCGCUUGGGGAUGAAUGGGGCAGAUCGCCGGAUGGAAACUAGAGAUCAGAAUGAAUCUGGCUCAUCUCCUGAGAAGACUAUUGGGCCAAAGUCAUAUUCAUACGGUGAACUAGCAAGUGUAACUGGUCAUUUCUCGCUCAAUAAUCUAAUUGGUCGAGGUGGUUUUGGUCAUGUUUUCAAGGCAUUAUUAGAUGGUGAGAUUCGUGCUAUCAAGAGACUUGAUUUUCCAGAUGUACAGUCUGAAGGAGGUUUGGAGAGGGAGAUUAUGGUUGUCAAAAGCGUCAGUCACAAAAACCUUGUUGAACUAGUUGGUUACUGCAUUGAUGGAGCCAAUAGAUUGCUUAUUUUAAAGUAUUUUCCAAAUGGGUCCUUGAGAUCUAAAUUACACGGAAGUGGGGAUGUUUUGGACUGGAAAACAAGAAUGAAGAUCGCCACAGGUUCUGCAAAAGGAUUGGAAUAUUUACAUGAACACUGUAAACCUAAAAUUAUUCAUUUAGAUAUCAAGCCGGAUAAUAUUCUUCUUGACGAAGAUUUUGAACCCAAAAUAACAGAUUUUGGACUUGCUCAAUUUUUUACCGACGGUGCUACUCACAUAUCCAAAUCAUCAGUUAUGGGAACCCAUGUUUACGAAGAUCCAUUUACAACAAAAUUGGGAAAGUAUUCUGAUAAAUCUGAUAUUUAUUCUUUUGGAGUUACACUUUUAGAAUUGAUUACUGGAAGAAAACCUAUAGACAAUGGCACUGAUAUUGUUACUUGGGCAAAUCCUCUAAUUAAAAAGGCUUUGAAGAGAAGGUAUACAAAUUUUAUAGAUUCCAAUUUACAAUCCUUUGACUAUGAACAAAUGUAUCAAAUGGUUUCUUGUGUUGAUUCUUGUCUAAAUCAACCUCCAAGCUCUCGUCCAACAAUGGAAAAGAUACGUCUAGUUCUUGAAGGAAAAUCACUCUCGAAAGAAUUAUACGAUCAUAAAUUGCGAAGGAGUAUUAUACAUACAGAUCCGAAAGGAUCUAGGUCAUCGCCUGAGUUGAAUAGAAGUAUAAUUACUGGGCCGAGGCAAUAUUCAUUUGAACAACUAGUAAAGGCGACCAAUUAUUUUUCUAAUAACGAUCUCAUUGGCGAGGGUGGCUUUGGACAAGUUUAUAGGGGAUUACUAGAUGGUGAAACCCUUGCUAUUAAGAAACUCAAAAAUCAUCGAGAUUUACAGUCGCAAGAAUACCUGAAGAAUGAGAUUAUUGUUGUUAGCAGCAUCCGCCACAAAAAUCUUGUUGAACUGCUUGGUUACUGUAUUGAAGGGGCCAAUAAAUUCCUUGUUUUUAAGUAUUUUCCCAAUAAGUCCUUGAGCUCUCAAUUACACGAAAGCGAUCAGGAUUUGAACUGGGAGACAAGAAUAAAUAUCGCUAAAGGCUCUGCAAAAGGCCUAGAAUAUUUGCAUGAACACUGUGAACCUCCUAUCAUACAUUUAAAUAUCAAGUCAGACAAUAUUCUUCUUGAUGAAGAUUUUAAACCAAAGGUGGCUGAUUUUGGACUUGCACGCUUUUUUUCGGAGACUAUUAUUCACAUAUUCAAAUCAGCGACUAUGGAAACCAAAGCCUAUAUAGAUCCAUAUGCAAUAAAAACUGGAGAGUACACUGUAAAAUCAGAUGUUUACUCAUUUGGUAUUAUGCUUCUAGAAUUAAUUACCGGAAGAAGACUCAUAGAAGAAGACGGCUCUGAUGUUGUUGAAUGGGCAAAAUCUGAAAUUAAGAAGGCUUUGCGGGAUAAAAAAUUUGAAAGAUUUGUAGAUUCUAGAUUGCAAAUGUUUGACGAUGAAGAAGCGUAUCGAAUGUUGUUCUGCAUUGAUAUUUGUAUAAAUAACAUUCCAAAAUUUCGCCCAUCAAUGAAGAAGAUACUUCUAACUCUCGACGGAAUUUUGCCUCAACAAAUUAUGCAAUGAGAAGGGUGAUAACAAAUUGACACUGUACCCCACUUUAUAUAUAAUUUCAUCUCCGAUUAAUAGAAGUACAAGUAUUGGGCUGAGGCAAUAUUCAUAUUAACAACUAGCAAAGGCCACCAAUCAUUUCUCCGGUAACAAUCUUCUUGGCGAGGGUGGCUUCGAACAAGUUUACAUGGGAUCAGUAGAUGGUCAAUUCUUGUAACACCCCUAUCCAAUUAUUUAAUUAACCAAGUUAGAGACAUUAUAUUUUGUAACUGUUCUCUUUUUUUUUUAUUUUUUUUAUAUCAUAUAAUUCAUUACCUUUUUUUUAUCGAAAA